AAAAUUUGUCUCUUAUACUUCCACACUUUGUUUUAACAAUUGAAAAACAGGCUCAUGACAUAACUUUUGAAAUGCUUCAAAAUGGCAAGUGGGAAAAGCCCAACUUCAAAAAUCAUAAUUUUGAUGCUCUUGGUAUACCACCACCAGGCAGUCAUUUACAUCCUUUAAUGAAAGUUAGAGAAGAAUUUCAAAAUAUCUUUUUUGAGAUGGGAUUUGAAGAAAUGCCAACAAAUAGAUUUGUUGAAUCAUCUUUUUGGAAUUUUGAUGCACUUUUCCAGCCUCAACAACAUCCAGCUCAUGAUGUUCAUGACACCUUUUUCUUAAAAGAUCCAGAAAUCACUACAAAAUUUCCAACUGAUUAUCUUCAAUGUGUCAAUGAAGUACACUCAGUUGGUGCAGUAUCUUCUUAUAUGUUGUAUAAUCUUGCUCAACAAAAAGAAUUUAAACCAGCUAAAUAUUUUUCAAUAGAUCAAGUCUUCAGGAAUGAAACUGUUGAUGCAACUCAUUUGGCUGAAUUUCAUCAGGUGGAAGGUGUUAUUGCAGAUAAAGGAUUGACUUUGGGUGUUACCAAUUUACAUUUUGAACCUGCUUAUAAUCCUUAUACAGAAAUCUUUUCAUAUCAUCAAGGAUUGGACCCUGAUGUUCAUGUUAUUGCUUGGGGAUUGAGUUUAGAAAGACCUACAACAACACAGUAUAAAAUUGACAAUAUAAGAGAGUUAAUGAGUCAUAAAGUAAAUUUAUCCAUGAUUCAAAACAAUCCAAUUUGUGCUUUUGAUUUACUCUAA